AACCACACUGAGAGCUGGAGUGCGCGGACCCGUUGCUUUGCCUCUGACCGUGGUACCCCCGUCGUUUCCCUUGCUCUCCUACCCCUCCUUUUCUGCUUUCCUUCCCUUGAGAGCUUCUUUUUUCCCCGCGAAUAUCCUUUCUCACUUUCAAUUUUAAUAGAUCUCGGAGAAAGAUAGAAGUGACGCAUCCUUGAUCUCCUCCACAGUGGUCGUUCUGGCGCUUGCGCUUUUUCUCUCUGGAACUGGAUUUUUUGAAACGACGCGGACGCGUGGAUGAUACACCGGGGCGAGAACUGGAGAUGGAGUUGCUCGUGAUCAGCCUCUCCUUAUGGAUCCUGCAGUGCCGCUCAGUUCGCGCGGACUCCAUUAUUCACAUCGGAGCUAUUUUUGAACAGAACGCCAUACGGGACGACGAGGUUUUUCAGCUUGCCAUUUCAGACCUGAGUUUGAAUGACGACAUCCUCCAGAGCGAGAGGAUUACCCAUUCUAUCAAACUUAUCGAGCCCAACAACCCCUUCCAGGCGGUACAGGAAGCCUGUGAGCUCAUGAAUCAGGGGAUACUGGCUUUGGUGUCAUCGACGGGAUGUGCUGCAGCCAAUGCGCUACAGUCUCUCACGGAUGCCAUGCACAUUCCUCACCUCUUCAUUCAGAGGAACGGAGACGGCACACCCCGUGCCGAGUGUCAGCUCAAUCCCAGCCCCGACGGAGAGCGCUACACGUUGGCCGCACGCCCUCCUGUGCGUCUUAAUGAUGUCAUGAUCACACUCGUCUCUGAGCUCCGCUGGCACAAGUUCAUCGUUUUCUAUGACAGCGAGUACGAUGUGCGGGGUCUGCGUGGGUUUCUGGACCAGGCGUCUCGAAUGGGUUUGGACGUGUCUCUACAGCAGGUUGACCGGAAUGUGACAAAGGUCUUUUCCACCCUGUUCAGCACGAUGAGGAUGGAGGAGCUCAACCGUUACCGGGACACGCUCAGACGAGCCAUUCUUCUGCUCAGUCCUCGCACUGCCCAGGUCUUCAUACACCAGGCAGUGGAAACGAAUCUAGCAUCCAAAGAUAGUCACUGGGUGUACGCCAAUGAGGAGGUUAGUGACACGGAGAUCAUGGAGCUUGUCCACAGCGCUCUGGGCCGGAUGACAGUGAUCCGGCAGAUCUUCCCCCUGUGGAGGGACACCAACAUUCGCUGCAUGAGAAACAAUCAUCGCAUCUCCUCGCUGCUUUGCGACCCACAGGAAGGGUACCUGCAGUCUCUAGAGGUGUCUAGCCUGUACCUGUACGACAGUGUGCUGAUGUUGGCCAAUGCAUUCUACCGGAAGUUAGAGGACAGGAAGUGGCACAGCAUGGCCAGUCUGAACUGCAUGAGGAAGUCAACCAAACCCUGGAACGGAGGCUGGUCCAUGCUAGACACAAUCCAAAAGGGGCGGAUUUCUGGCCUCACUGGUUUAAUGGACUUCCGAAGUAAUGGAGCCAAUUCUCAUGUCCAGUUUGAGAUCCUAGGGACCAGUUACAGUGAGACGUUUGGGAAAGAUGUAAAGCGGCUGGCGACGUGGGACUCUGAUCGUGGGCUGAACGGCAGUCUGAGGGAGAACCGGGCUGAGCAUGGCAUGCAAGGAAUUACUCUAAAAGUGGUGACCUUACUGGAGGAGCCAUUCGUAAUGGUGGCAGAAAAUAUUCUCGGCCAGCCUAAAAGAUAUAAAGGAUUUUCCAUCGAUGUUCUAGACGCCCUGGCUAAAAUCCUGGGCUUUAAGUACGAAAUGUAUCAAGUAGCUGAUGGGAAAUACGGAUCUCCACAGGCCAACGGGUCUUGGAAUGGACUAAUUGGUGAACUAAUUGGGAAGAGGGCAGAUGUGGCUAUUUCAGCCAUCACCAUCACUCCUGAGCGAGAGAAUGUGGUGGACUUCAGUAAACGUUAUCUGGAUUAUUCUGUGGGAAUCCUAAUGACUAAAACAGAGGAGAGACUCAACAUCUUCUCCUUGCUGGCACCGUUUGACCUGGCGGUGUGGGCCUGCAUUGCUGCUGCCAUUCCUGUGGUGGGUGUCAUGGUCUUUCUGCUCCGGCGCGUCCAGUCUGUCCGCUCCCAGAAUCCUCCUGGGCCCCACCAGCCUCCUUCUGUCACAACGUCCUUCCAAAGUGCCAUCUGGAUCGUCUACGGAGCCUUUGUACAGCAAGGUGGUGAAUCCUUUAUGAGUUCAAUGGCUCUCAGGAUUGCAAUGGGAAGCUGGUGGCUAUUUACCCUCAUUGUCUGUUCGUCCUACACAGCCAACCUGGCAGCGUAUCUCACCGUAUCCCGCAUGGACAACGCUGUUCGAACAUUUCAAGACCUUUCCAAGCAGACGGAGAUGAGCUACGGAACAGUGAGAGACUCUGCUGUGUUUGAGUAUUUCAGGGUGAAGGGCACGAACCCCUUGGAGCAAGACAGCACUUUCGCCGAGCUGUGGAGAACUAUCAAUAAAAAUCAGGGACAGGAUAACUCUGUGACCUCCCCUGCUGAAGGCAUCCGCAAGGUGAAGCGGGAUCCGUACGCCUUCCUGUGGGACAUGGCAGUGUUAGAGUACGCCGCUCUGACAGAUGACGAUUGUGCGCUGGUGGUCACAGGGAACAGCAUGAGCAGCAAAGGAUACGGCCUGGCUUUGCAGCACGGCAGCCCCUACAGAGAUCUCUUCUCACAGAAGAUCCUUGACCUGCAGGAGAAAGGAGACCUUGACAUUCUAAAGCAGAAGUGGUGGCCCCGAAAAGGUCGCUGCGAUCUGGACAAGCACGCGGAGCCCCAGCCGGAGGGCCGUGCCCUGAGACUCCACAGCUUCGCUGGGGUCUUCUGCAUCCUAGCGGCAGGGCUGCUGCUGGCCUGUCUGGUGGCCGCGCUGGAGUCAUGGUGGAACGGGCCACGCUGCCAGCGGGCACAGCCCAAAGAGGACAAAGAGGUGAAUCUGGAGCAGGUUCACCAGCGUUUGAGUGGGCUGAUGGAGGACGAUCUGGCGCACAAGCAGCUGCCAGGUCAGUCUCUGGAGAUCUCUGCCCUGGACAUGGGCAGCAUGCGGCCACAGCAGAGCUCCCAGGAAGCCAUGAGAGAUUUCCCCCCUGGGGGCCUGUCCGUGACUUCGUUCCUCCAGGAGGGUCCUGGGGUCGGCCGCGUGCCCGGACGGAGCCUUCCCCUCCCUCUCAGCAGUUCCACUCUGCCACCCUCCAUGCGCUGCAAACACCGGGCGCCCAACGGAGGCCUUUUCCGCCAGAGCCCCGUAAAGACACCUAUGCCCAUCUCUUACCAGGCAGUGCCCGGGGGACCCAUCCCAGAAGCCAUUGAUCCAAGCCAUGGGACCUCUAUUUGAGCCGAGCCGUCUGAGCGUUCUAAAGACUGCCAACCAGCCGAUCACAAAAACCGAGUUUGGACCAGGUCUGGUUGCAUUUAUACAAUUAACAUCCAUACAGACAGAUACGGAGAUCUCUUUUUUCAGUCCACAUACAUAUGACUGUGAGAUGCUGACUUUCCUGUACCCUGCCUGUACAUAUUUGUAUAUACUGAGAGACAGCAGUGAAGUCAAAGUGUAUUUUGAAUAUUCAUGAUUUUUUUGAAGUUGAGUUUAAAAGAAGUAAUUACCUACAAUACAGACUGUUUGAAUGGCUUUGUAAAUUUUGUUCUAAAAUAAAAAUGAGAAUUCCU